AUGUGGACUGGUCAGGAGAACCUCAGCCUCCUGCGGAUCACUCUUGGCUCAACAGACGCGGCAGCCAUCUUCCCAAGUGGUGAGCUUUCUCCAACCAGUACAGCCAAACACAGGGGAGCUUUAUCUACUCCGCCAGCUGUAAUGAAGGCCAGGAAAAGAGUUUGUUUGGAACCCUGGGCUAUUGGCCUCAUCACCUUUAUAUCCUUGAUUGUCUUGGCAGUGUGUAUUGGACUCAUUGUUCAUUAUGUGAGAUACAAUCAAAGGAACACCCAUAAUUAUUAUAGCACACUAUCAUUCACAAGUGACAAAUUAUAUGAUGAGUUUGGAAAAGAAGCCUCCAAAAAUUUCACAGAAAUGAGCCAGAAAAUUGAAUCUAUGGUGAAAAAUGCAUUUCGUAAGUCUCCAUUAAAAGAAGAGUUUGUCAAGUCUCAGGUUAUUAAGUUCAGUAAAGAAGAUUAUGGGAUUCUGGCUCAUAUGCUGCUAAUUUUUAGAUUUCGCUCUACUGAGGAUACUGACAACAUAAAUAAAAACAUUGAGCAUAUUCUACAUGAGAAGUUACAAGAAGCAGUAGGACCUCCUAAAGUAGAUCCUGAAUCAGUGGAAAUUAAAAAAAUCAACAAGACAGAAACAGACAACUAUCUGAACAGCUGUUGUGGAACACGAAGGAAUAAAUCUACCAGGGAAAGUGUCCGGAUUGUUGGUGGAACAGAGGUAGAAGAGGGUGAAUGGCCUUGGCAAGCUAGUCUACAAUGGGAUGGAAUCCAUCGCUGUGGAGCCACUUUAAUUAAUAGCACAUGGCUUGUGAGUGCUGCUCACUGCUUUAGAGUGUAUAAAGAUCCGAGGAGAUGGACAGCUUCCUUUGGAGUAACACUAAAGCCACCAAAAAUGCCACGAAACCUCAAAAGAAUAAUUGUCCAUGAAAAAUACAAAUAUCCAUCACAUGACUAUGAUAUUGCUCUUGCAGAACUUUCCAGACCUGUUCCUUACACAAAUGCUGUACAUAAAGUUUGUCUUCCUGAUGCUUCCCAUGAGUUCCAGCCAGGUGAUAAUGUGUUUGUGACAGGAUUUGGAGCUCUGCAAAAUGAUGGUAACAGUCAAAAUCAUCUUCGACAAGUGGAGGUGGAACUCAUAGAUGCUCAAACAUGUAAUGAACCUCAAGUUUACAAUGGUGCCAUAACUCCUAGAAUGCAAUGUGCUGGAUUUUUGACAGGAAAUAAAGAUGCAUGCCAGGGUGACUCUGGAGGACCACUGGUUGGUUCCGAUGUGAGGGAUAUCUGGUACCUUGUUGGAAUAGUGAGCUGGGGAGAUGAAUGUGGACAAGUCAAUAAGCCUGGAGUUUAUACAAAAGUGAAUGAAUUCCGAGACUGGAUCUUAGCCAAAACUGGUAUUUAA